CACACACCUUCUCUGUUGCAGUGUGCUGGCUCGACCUAUACUACAGACUACAGGGAAGUCUCCACACGCACACUGGCUGUCUGCGGUGCACAUGUUAUUAUCACAACAGCGAUGAUUGAAACUCGACCUGGAUUUCUGACUGUGUGAGGAAUAACCUUCCCUGCAGGAGGCUUCAAAUCCAGAGCUGCCGGAUCCCGUUUGUGCCAACACAGAGAGGGGAUUUAGAGUUUGUGCUCCUCCACCAGUGUCGCUUGGAAGUAACAGCGGAACACGACAAAAACAGCCGCUGUUUACACAGACUCACCACGCUACCUCCUUUAUCCUUACUCCUGUCCUGGCUUCUUAUUAUUUGCCUCCUCGCUCCUGUCCUCAGGGGAACUUUUAUCCCUUUAACAGCAUCCAUCACCUCAUCUCGCCACCCAUUUAUCCAUCUCAUAAUGAACUCCUCUGCCUCCAUUACAUCCCUAUUCUCCUUCACCAGCCCGGCAGUGAAGCGCCUGCUCGGCUGGAAACAAGGGGAUGAGGAGGAGAAGUGGGCGGAAAAGGCUGUGGACUCUCUAGUGAAGAAACUAAAGAAGAAGAAGGGGGCCAUGGAGGAGUUGGAGAGAGCCCUCAGCUGCCCUGGACAGCCCAGCAAGUGCGUGACGAUUCCUCGGUCGCUGGACGGGAGGUUGCAGGUGUCCCACAGGAAGGGACUGCCCCAUGUCAUCUACUGCAGGGUAUGGCGCUGGCCUGACCUGCAGUCCCACCACGAGCUGAAAGCCCUGGAGUGCUGCGAGUUUGCUUUCGGCUCCAAGCAGAAAGACAUCUGCGUCAACCCUUACCACUACAGGCGCGUGGAGACUCCAGUGCUGCCACCGGUUCUGGUCCCACGCCAUAGCGAGUUCAACCCUCAACACAGUUUACUGGCGAAGUUCAGGAACGCCUCCCUCCACAACGAGCCUCUGAUGCCACAGAACGCCACCUACCCGGACUCCUUCCCCGCGCUGCCCUGCUCCUCCUUCACCUCCUCCCCUUCUUCCUCCCUCGUCCAGUCUCCCACCUCACAGAGUUACCCCACCUCCCCCAACAGCUCUGCAGAGCCUGGCAGUCCGUAUCACAUCACAGCAGAGACUCCCCCGCCUCCGUACAGCAUGAUGGAGACGAGCCCUAAAGACGAUGUGAAGCCCAGCAACUCCACAGAAACCGUCAAACUCAUAUUUUCUGCUCCGCACAGAGAUUUACGGCCCGUAUGUUACGAAGAACCAGAGUACUGGUGUUCAGUAGCUUACUACGAGCUCAACAACCGGGUGGGGGAGACUUUCCAUGCGUCGUCCCGCAGUGUCCUGGUGGACGGCUUCACAGACCCAUCCAACAACAAGAACCGCUUCUGCCUCGGCCUGCUGUCCAAUGUCAACCGCAACUCCACCAUCGAACACACGCGCAGGCACAUAGGCAAAGGUUUACACCUGUACUAUGUGGGCGGCGAGGUGUACGCGGAGUGUCUGAGCGACAGCAGCAUCUUCGUCCAGAGCCGCAACUGUAAUUUCCAGCACGGCUUCCACGCCACCACCGUGUGUAAGAUCCCCAGCGGCUGCAGCCUCAAGAUCUUCAACAACCAGCUGUUCGCCCAGCUCCUCGCCCAGUCUGUUAACCACGGAUUUGAGGUCGUCUAUGAGCUCACUAAGAUGUGUACCAUCCGCAUGAGCUUUGUUAAGGGCUGGGGUGCUGAAUACCACCGUCAAGAUGUGACCAGCACCCCCUGCUGGAUCGAGGUACACCUGCACGGGCCCCUGCAGUGGCUGGACAAGGUCCUCACACAGAUGGGCUCCCCGCACAACCCCAUUUCUUCAGUAUCAUAACAUGGACACACGUCUGUGCUGUUGGCCCUUCAUACAGGUAGUCGUAGAUUCUGUAUAUUCUGAUUAUGUCCAGGUUUUCUGUCCUACGGGCCUUGUCUUUACAUCUCAAACAAAAUUACCAAAAGUAUCCCUUACCCACAGCGUUGUCACAUAAAACUGAAAUUCAAUUACAGCUCAUGUAGUUAAAUGAUUGUCCUUAAUUUCAGUAAGACUGAUUAAGUAUUUAUCGUCUCUCUCUAUAGAAUGCUGCAGGGAUGAUGUAUUUUUGUAGGUCAACCAGGAAGGUAGAAUUGCACGGAUUAUGAUUUUUGAAGAGUAAAUGCAAUCACUGGAAGUAAAAAGCUAACGGUAGGCUAUAAACAAACUACACCCAGCUCUCGAGCAUGAGUAUACAGAAGGACGUUUAGUACUCCUAUUAGCCACUGUCUUUUUUAGGACACGUAAAAGCUACUAAUUGGGUAUUUAAUUUAUUUUAUAUCGUAGAACAAAACAUUGAAAUCUCUUAAGCUUGUGUUAACCACAGACCUUAUUUCAGGCUUCUAACCAAAAACCCAUUGACUUUGUGACGAGGGAACCGGAAGUGCUAAAAUGUUAACUUAUUUCUGAGUUUUAGGACUCAUUCCUGCAGCACUCUAUUUUCAUUGGGACAUUAACUGCACUCCAUAAAAAUGGGAUAAAUUUGUAGGUACUCAAAGGCGUGUGUUAUACGUGCUGUAAAUGUUAUUACGGUUGUAUUUACUGUAUUUCCAUGUGUUGACUUACUUGACUUCAUGUACUUUUUGCUUUUUACUGGUUCCAUUAAAGUUGUUUUUUUUCUUUAAGUA